CCGGCGGAGAGGGGAGGUGGGAGGGGACGCUGUGGCGGUGGCGGAGGCGCGGAACGCGGCGAGGGUUCCCGCGGCUUCCUCGGGGCGUUCGGGUCGGUGCAGCCUUUGCGAGGCGCGAGCGAGCCUGGGGCCAGCAACGAGCGCGGAGCGGGCCGCGGGCGGGGAGCGGCGGGGCGGCCGGGCGGAGCGGGCUCCCAGCCCCGGGCUCCGCGGCUCGGGACGCGGCUCCGGCGGCGGCGGGGGCGGCGAUGUUCCACUGCAUCCCCCUGUGGCGGUGCAACCGUCAUGUGGAGGCCAUCGACAAGCGCCACUGCUCGUUGGUCUGUGUCCCCGAGGAGAUCUACCGCUAUGCCCGCAGCCUGGAGGAGCUGCUCCUGGACGCCAACCAGCUCCGGGAGCUCCCCGAGCAAUUUUUUCAGCUAGUCAAAUUACGAAAGCUUGGACUCAGUGAUAAUGAAAUUCAGCGACUCCCUCCAGAAAUAGCAAACUUCAUGCAGCUGGUGGAACUUGACGUGUCUCGAAAUGAUAUCCCUGAGAUUCCGGAAAGCAUCUCCUUCUGUAAGGCGCUGCAGAUAGCUGACUUCAGCGGAAACCCGCUCACCAGGCUGCCUGAGAGCUUUCCCGAACUACAGAACUUGACAUGUCUCUCUGUAAAUGACAUCUCACUGCAGUCUCUUCCAGAGAAUAUUGGGAAUCUUUAUAACCUGGCUUCACUGGAACUGAGAGAGAAUCUUCUUACGUAUCUUCCCGAAUCUCUCACCCAGCUAAGGAGACUAGAAGAACUUGAUUUAGGAAACAAUGAAAUCUUUAAUUUGCCAGAAUCAAUUGGAGCGCUCUUCCUCCUGAAGGAUCUCUGGUUGGAUGGAAAUCAACUGUCUGAAUUACCUGAGGAAAUAGGGAAUCUGAAGAACCUGCUCUGCCUAGAUGUCUCUGAAAACAGGUUGGAAAAGCUUCCUGAAGAAAUCAGCGGCCUGACUUCUUUGACAGACUUAGUCGUUUCUCAGAACUUAAUGGAAGCAAUUCCCGAUGGCAUCGGAAAACUAAAGAAGCUGUCAAUCUUGAAGUUGGAUCAGAACAGACUCAUACAGUUGCCUGAAGCAAUUGGGGAUUGUGAAAAUCUCACGGAAUUAGUUCUCACAGAAAACCGUCUCCUGACUUUACCUAAGAGCAUUGGAAAACUUAAGAAGUUGAGCAACUUGAAUGCAGACAGAAAUAAAUUAGUGUCUUUACCAAAAGAGAUCGGCGGAUGCUGCAGCCUCACCAUGUUCAGCGUACGGGACAACAGCUUAACUCAGAUACCUGCAGAGGUGUCACAGGCCAUGGAACUUCACGUCCUGGAUGUGGCAGGGAACAGGUUGCAUCAUCUUCCCCUGUCGCUGACCAACCUGAAGCUAAAAGCCCUGUGGUUAUCUGACAACCAGUCCCAGCCUCUCCUCACCUUCCAGACAGACACGGACCGUACCACAGGGGAGAAGAUUUUAACCUGUGUCUUACUUCCUCAGCUGCCUUCUGAACCCACCUGCCAAGAGAGUCUGCCUCGCUGUGGUGCCCUGGAGAGCCUGGUAAAUGACGUCUCUGAUGAAACCUGGCAUGACCGCACAGUACACAGAGUCAGUGCGAUCCGAUUUUUGGAAGAUGAAAAGGAUGAAGAUGAAAAUGAAACGAGAACACUUCAGAGGCGCGCCACCCCACACCCAGGGGAAUUAAAGAACAUGAAAAAGACGGUGGAGAAUUUACGGAACGACAUGAAUGCUGCUAAAGGACUGGAUUCAAACAAAAACGAGGUCAGCCACGCCGCUGACCGUGUCACCACGUCGGUGUAGCAGUCGCCUCUGCGUCCUACCUGCCGUGUCUUCCCUGCUGUAGAGAUGCCCCCGUGCGUCCGCCGAGCUGCCCGCAUUCCUCGUGCUCACCACGCCUGUGCCAGGAUGCUGCUCUAGCACAAAGUGCCUUACGUGUCCCUCAGUCAGCCACCCGCGCCAGUAGUCUCCCACCCUGAUUGUGUCUCAAUUUCAGUUUUGCAUAAUAAGUAGAAUACACUACUGUCAACAUCUGAUCUUCGUUUUUGUCUUAUGUUGGGGUUUGAGAGAGCAGGCAGGGAGAUUACGGCCCUCGGCCCUCCAUUGAGUGCUGGACAUUUUGAACCCACGUUCUUAUGGACCUACUGAUGAGAGGAAGCUUUAUGUGUGGAAAAAAAAAAGAUACUUUUUUAACCUUUCUUGGCAGCUCAGAUGGUGUAAAUUUUAAAAUUUUAUAUAGGUAUUUCAUAAAGAAAAUUAUGUAUUUCUUUGUUAUUUUAUCUUGAAUACGGUACAUAUUUUCGUAUUUGUGAAGAAAAACAAAUUAGGCCUAAAGUAUUCGUUCUUGCCUGUACCACCCACUUCGUGCCUUACUGUAUUCUGUCCUGUCACACCAGUUGUAAACAGUGACCGUCCCUGAGCAACAAGAUGGGAACACAGGUGUGGUCAUUUGAAAGCAGCGUUGCAUUUUAAUCAGUCACCUCCUGAUUUGUUUGUUAACCAAAAUGAUGAAUUUACCAGUGACUUGUAAGCUUCAUCGAGUUAUUUCUUGGAAAAGACAAGCCAAAGGAUCAGACUGCUGACACAUCAUUUCCCACGAGCUCCCUCUUCCUGCCUGAAUUCCGAGGAGCACAGCGUCAGACUGCCUACUCCAAAGGCAUGUGCGCCAUUUGCGUAAUAAUACGCAGCAGAAAAGCACAGAAAAGAAAAGACUGGUUCAGAAACUCUGCGGAUCAGUAACUUAAGUGUUGCAGAAGAAUGACUCUUGUCAAAGAAAGCUUUAAAAGUUUUAUAUCCAGAUAACAGACCACAAUAAAGCAAAAUAACCUAUGCCGUAAUGGAGACGUUGCUGUCUUUAUACAAGUGCACUUUGAUCUGUAAAUAGUUUUAAUCAGAGCAUAACAAAACACUGCUUCGUGGUUUACUUUUAAAAAUGCUAAUUUAAGGGGUAUGUUUUAAAUGUGUUUUUGUUGUUUUCCUUUUACGUAUGCUGUGAUGAAAGAGAAAAUGCAAAGUGCCAGUCACUGUGUGGUGUCUGGGAAAAUCAUUGGUUAUGUUUUUGGGGGGUCCCCUAUGAAAUAAACUCAUCUUGGAUA